AUGGUAUAUAAAACUCGUUCUGAUCAUGUUGCGAGGGGAACUCAGGAUACCAUGGCAGCAAUGUUUCAAAAGUUUGCAAUCUGCGUCUUCGUCUGCUACUUAACAUAUAUCAAGCCGGGGAUUUGCACAACACUUACUACCAGGAAUUCGUGUCGGUUAUCCUUCGUGGGUAAAGAAAAUGGAACGAUGAUUGGCUACUCAAACAAAAGCAAUUUUGACGUUGAAGGAUUUUGUAAUUAUGCGAUGGAAGUUAGGGAAGGUAACCAGGUCAACCUAACCUUCGAGAAUGUCACGCUGGAGCGUGAGGGGGUUUCGCUGAAGGACUACAUCGUGAUAUUUGACGGUCCAGAUUGCAUGUCUAGAAGAAUCAGGGCAGUACAUGACCAACAAACUCCUCGAUUUAUAUCCUCGGGGAACCGAAUGGCUGCACUUUUUAUAUCAAAUAGCCAAUCCGAAACUGUUGGGUUCAAGGCCCGAUUCUACACCGUUACUUCGCAGAAUGCAUCAAAGCCACUCCCACCGAAGGGACGAAAUCUGAUACUAUGGAACUGUGGAGGAAAUUUGACAAAUGAGACUGGUUCGCUAUCAUUCAACAAAACUUCUUUGCAAAAUGCGUUAUGCAUUUGGAGGAUAACUGUUGCGGUCGACAAAUUAGUGGAGCUUCAUAUUGAAAAACUGGAGCUGCAAACCCUAAGUUCAUCAUUUCGAGUAUUGGACGGGAAUGACUGUGCAGCCGAUGUCAUAUACUACCACCGGAGUUACGAUGCAGCGGGUCCACUCAGUAUCAAUUCAACAUCGAACGUGAUGGUCGUCGUGCUUGCCGCGCCACUGGGACUAUCUUUUGCAGAAGUCAAAGCAUCGUACAAAAGCGUUCCCAAUCGCAAUUUCACGAACACUACAACACCGAUAGAGACCACGGUCACAACAACAACUGUUGGGGUGAUUUCAUCAUCACCAUCGUCGGAACAGCCAGAAAAUGAAAUCACGUCACCUGUGUCCAGUUCCACAACAGAACAACCUGAAACGUCAACUUCAAGCGGGGAUAUAAUUGCAACAACCGAAAUUAGUACAAGGAAUUCUUGUCACGUAUCCUUUGUGGGUAAAGAAAAUGGAACGAUGAUUGGCUACGCAAACAAAAGCAAUUUUGACGUUAAAGGAUUUUGUAAUUAUGCGAUGGAAGUUAGCGAAGGUAAUCAGGUCAACUUAACCUUCGAGAUUGUCAAGCUGGAGCGUGAAGGGAUUUCGCUGAAGGACUACAUCGUGAUAUUUGACGGUCCAGAUUGCAUGUCUAGAAGAAUCAGGGCAGUACAUGACCAACAAACUCCGCGAUUUAUAUCCUCGGGGAACCGAAUGGCUGCCCUUUUCAUAUCAAAUAGCCAAUCCGAAACGGUUGGGUUCAAGGCCCGAUUCUACACCGUUACUGCGCAGAAUGCAACGAAGCCACUCCCACCGAAGGGACGAAAUCUGAUACUAUGGAACUGUGGAGGAAAUUUGACAAAUGAGACUGGUUCGCUAUCAUUCAACAAAACUUCUUUGCAAAAUGCGUUAUGCAUUUGGAGGAUAACUGUUGCGGUCGACAAAUUAGUGGAGCUUCAUAUUGAAAAACUGGAGCUGCAAACCCUAAGUUCAUCAUUUCGAGUAUUGGACGGGAAUGACUGUGCAGCCGAUGUCAUAUACUACCACCGGAGUUACGAUGCAGCGGGUCCACUCAGUAUCAAUUCAACAUCGAACGUGAUGGUCGUCGUGCUUGCCGCGCCACUGGGACUAUCUUUUGCAGAAGUCAAAGCAUCGUACAAAAGCGUUCCCAAUCCCAAUUUCACGAACACCACAACACCCAUAGAGACCUCGGUAGCAACAACAUCAGAGGAGGAUGAAAAAGUUGUGACUUCACCUACCCUAAAUCCCGCAACUGGUGCAGCCACUGCUCAUACCUCACUGACUUUGGCCUACGCGUGCAACUUAUUCACAAUGUUUCUAUGGACGUUUAUCAGUGCAAUUCACAUGUCGCCCGCAUAAAUAGCUCUUGUGCACCGUUCCAGCAAAUAACAUUUCAACAACUACACACCCAAUUCAUUCAACAUGGUACACGUUUCAUAUCUACUUGAAGCAGAUACAGCAAUUUGACGCAGUUAGCUAUUCGACAUACCUUUCCUGUAAUCUUUUUUACAUAUUCCUCACAU